AUGUGCUUGGUGAUCAUUGCAGCCCUCAAGAACCAGAUUCUUUCUGGUGGAGUUAAACACAGGUUAGCAGGUGCUGUUCUUUCUUUGGUUUGCCGUGACUCUUAUGAAGCAUGGUGCCAGAUCAUCAAUGUGUCAGAAACACAGGCCCCUUUCUUUACCUAUCCAGUCAACCAUUCCAAUGAAACAAACCUGAGUGUUUCCACAUCUGCGGGAAGCAAAUAUAGGCUCUAUGUGGGUGUGGCCCUGGCAAUAAGUUCCAGUAUUUUUGUUGGCUCCAGCUUUAUACUGAAAAAGAAGGGCCUUCUGCAACUGGCUGACAAGGGAGUCACCAGAGCUGGACAGGGUGGAUAUUCUUACUUGAAGGAAUGGCUCUGGUGGGCAGGAUUACUUUCAAUGGGAGUAGGGGAGGCUGCCAACUUUGCUGCCUAUGCCUUUGCACCUGCAACCUUGGUUACCCCAUUGGGUGCACUGAGUGUUCUUAUAAGUGCAAUAUUGUCUUCCUAUUUUUUAAAUGAAAAGCUGAAUGUUCAUGGGAAAUUGGGCUGCAUAUUGAGCAUUUUGGGGUCAACGGUGAUGGUUAUUCAUGCCCCUGAAGAAGAGGAGGUCACUUCUUUAGAUGAAAUGGAAAUAAAACUGAAAGAUCCAGUGUUUAUUGCAUUUGCUGUGGUUAUAACUGUGGUCUCCCUGGUGCUGAUCUUUGUUGUGGCUCCAAGGAAAGGUCAGACGAAUAUACUGGUCUACAUAUCAAUUUGUUCAGUGAUUGGUGCCUUCUCUGUCUCAUCUGUCAAGGGCCUCGGCAUUGCCAUUAAAGAAAUACUGGAGCAGAAGCCAGUUUACCAACAUCCGCUGGUUUAUAUUUUGGUGGGGACUUUAGUGCUGUCAGUCAGCACUCAGAUCAACUAUCUUAACAAAGCAUUGGACAUGUUUAAUACAUCUCUCGUGACACCUAUUUAUUAUGUGUGUUUCACUACUACAGUUGUUACAUGUUCCAUCAUCCUGUUUAAAGAAUGGAAUAGCAUGGACCUGGGUGAUAUCAUUGGCAGCCUCAGUGGAUUCUUCACCAUAAUCAUAGGCAUUUUUCUUUUGCAUGCUUUUAAAAGUACUAAUAUCACCCUGAAGCAAUUGACAUCCACAGCUAUAAAAGAACCCUCAUUGCCUCUGCAUGGAUAUGAUGCUCAUCAUUCUUUACUGGAGAACAUGGAGAGCCCAACCUUGGCAUAUGAGGAGGACAAUCCUUUGUUCAGACGAGGAAAUGCACAGGGAGCUAUUUGCCAUUAA